GGAGAGGAGGAAGCGGAAGAAGCGGAAGCAGCGGAGGAGGAAGAGGAGGCUCGGAGGCUCGGAGGUGAAGAUGUCGGCUCCUAAAUCUCUCCCUAAAGACGCUCAGGUGAUGAUCCAGAUCCUGAAGGACAUGGGCAUCACCGAGUACGAGCCCCGCGUCAUCAACCAGAUGCUGGAGUUCACCUACAGAUACGUCACCACCAUCAUCGAAGACGCCAAGAUCUACGCGGCGCACGCCAAGAAGUCCAACGUGGACGCAGACGACAUCAAGCUGGCCAUCCAGUGCCGCAUGGACCAGUCGUUCACCUCGCCGCCGCCACGCGAUUUCCUGCUGGAGGUCGCCCGGCAGAAGAACCAGACGCCGCUGCCGCUCAUCAAACCGUACAGCGGGCCACGCCUCCCGCCGGACCGCUACUGCCUGACCGCACCCAACUACAGGCUCAAGUCCAUCCAGAAGAAGGUGUCGGCGGCGGCCGGCAGGAUCUCGGUGCCGCGCCUCAGCGUGGGGGGCGUGUCCAGCAGGCCGACCACGCCCACUCUGGGCACGCCCUCGGUGCAGUCUGUCAGCACCAAGGUGGGCACCCCGGUGUCUCUGACGGGACAGAGGUUCACGGUGCAGAUCCCGCCCUCGCAGACCGCCGCGUCCAAAACCACGACGCCGUCCACGCCGGCCGUCCCGAACGUGCUCAUCAACCCGUCUCUGAUCGGCUCCAAGAACAUCCUCAUCACCACCAACAUGGUGUCGCAGAGCGCCGCCAGCGACUCGCUCAAGAGGAAGCACGAGGACGACGACGACUACGACGCCUUGUGACGCCGCCGCGCCCCCGCCACGCCGCCGGAGGAAAACAAACAAACAAACAAACAAACAAACAAACCCACCGACCAACCGGAGCGCGGCCCCGCUGUGACAUCACAGCCUGCAGGAAGCCAGCUGCUGGCGUUUCCUUUAACCCUCGGUUACCCAGAGAGAGACUCCCUGUAGCUCCGCCCCCUCACACACACACACACACACACACACACACAGACACACACACACUGUUCCUGCACUGACAUGACAGACAUGUUACAGUGUUCCAUCUUUUUUUUUUUUUUUUUUUUUUGACUGUUGUUGACUGUUUUUUUGUUUGACUGUUAGUAUUUGUUGAGUUAUUUCCUGGUUCUUGUGAACUGUUGGUGAACGUCUGGAUGCUUUUAUCACAUCCCAUCUGAUCGUUGGUAGAUACGGGACGUGUUUCCAGGUGAUUUUUUUUUUUCUAGUUUUCUUUCUGUUUGUGUGUUUGCUGUCGUCAUGGUGACGGUGUGCAGGCGAGGCUCAAGCCAAACACUGACAUCAGAUCACGGCGUCAUGUGACCGCAGAGUGACUCUAGGCUUCGGUGGGAACACACACACCUUUUCACUGAAAAAAAAAAAAAAGAAAAACAUCUGGAUGAUGAUGAUGA